AUGAUUUGUGGCCAAAAGUUCGGUCAGAAGGCAUACUUAAAAAUUCAUACAAGAAUCCACACUGGCGAGAAACCUUUUUCAUGCUCAGUUUGUGGCCAAAUGUUCGGUCGUAAGGGACUCUUAAAAAUUCAUACAAGGAUCCACACUGGCGAGAAACCUUUUUCAUGCUCAGUUUGUGGCCAAAAGUUCUCUCGGAGGGACAAUUUAAAAACGCACACAAGAAUCCACACUGGCGAGAAACCUUUUUUUUGCUCAGUUUGUGGCCAAAAAUUCUCUUGGAAGGACACUUUAAAAACGCACACAAGAAUCCACACUGGCGAGAAACCUUUUUCAUGCUCAGUUUGUGGCCAAAGAUUCUCUGAGAAAGGAAACUUAAAAAAUCAUACAAGAAUCCACACUGGGGAGAAACCUUUUUCAUGCUCAGUUUGUGGCCAAAGAUUCUCUGAGAAGGGAACCUUAAAAAUUCAUACAAGAAUCCACACUGGUGAGAAACCUUUUUCAUGCUCAGUUUGUGGCCUAAAGUUCGGUCGUAAGGGAUACUUAGAAAUUCAUACAAGAAUCCACACUGGCGAGAAACCUUUUUCAUGCUCAGUUUGUGGCCUAAAGUUCGGUCGUAAGGGAUACUUAGAAAUUCAUACAAGAAUCCACACUGGCGAGAAACCUUUUUCAUGCUCAGUUUGUGGCCAAAUGUUCGGUCAGAAGGGACACUUAAAAAUUCAUACAAGAAUCCACACUGGCGAGAAACCUUUUUCAUGCUCAGUUUGUGGCCAAAGUUUUUCAGCGAAGAGAAGCUUAAAAGGUCAUACAAGAAUCCACACUGGCGAGAACCCUGUUGCCUGCUCAGUCACUUGCCAAAGAGUCUCUCAUGAGAAUUCCGAGUGUGUUGGGGAGAUGAGCAAUGAUCCGUGAAGUUUUCACCUUCUGUUUGUUCAUGGGUUUUUGCAUCGAUGUUAAAAUACCUAGUUAACUGGUCUCAGGAUUGUAAUAGUUUUGUAGUUUUCAUUAUACUUGAUGUUUACUUUGUGUUUAGUUGUGGAUUUUAACUGUAAUUAAUUUUAAUUCAUAUUCAGGGCAAGUUGCUUAGUUUCUAUUCGUGUUUAAGGUUUUAGUUUUGUUCAGCUUUUCAUGUUCAUGCACAAUGCACAAUGAUUAAAACUCUCCUCCAAAAGUGAGGCCAAUUCUUUUCGUUUUGCAGUAAAAGUAGAUGAAGCAAUUUGUGUAGAAAUGCUGAAUGACAAACUAUGAAAGCAUGUGAAAUGCCUUAGAUUCAUGAAAUAAAAUGAGUGAAUGAUACGGAAUGACGUUGAA